UAUACUGCGCAUUAAUUUCAUUUGAAGAUUAUCGUUAAUAUGUAACACUCCAACAAUAUAUUAUGUUUCUACCCUCCCUCUUGUAAUCAUAAAGCUUUCUUAUUUUCUAAAUACGGUGAACAAAUACUGCGCUUCCUUCUAUUCAGUAUAAAAUAUUACACUGACUGGACUCUGAGUGCCGCUGUUGAUACAUCGCUGAAACCCUGUGCAAAUUAGGAUUGCAGCAGUCCACCUCCUUUCCCUGACAUUUAGUGUUUCACAAGUCGACGCACAGACCUCCAGAUUUUUAUCGUUUCAUCUCUCCUGAAUGCUCCUUCCUGAAAACAUCGCCCGUUUUAAAUUUCUGGAUUUUCUUUACACCGUUUAACCCUGAACGGAUUGCUGCUUGUUCGCAUUUGGAUUCGUGAUGUUUUGUGCGUGGAUACCCGCUGCCGGAGACCGAGUGCAAGCGCUGGUGUCUAUUCUUUGUCUUUUGAAGAUGAGCUCGGUAACGGCCCAGGCUCGGUAUUCCAUACCGGAGGAACAAUCGGAGGGGUCUUUUGUUGGAAACAUUGCCAGGGAUUUGGGCUUGGAUUUGCCGAGGCUUGUGGGAGGUAAUGCUCGUAUUAUUACAAAAGAUAGCCAGCAGUAUGUGGAUUUAAACCGUGAGAAAGGCAUUCUUGUUAUUAAAGAGCGAAUUGACAGAGAAGAGCUGUGCGGAAAGACGACGCCCUGUAGCUUCAGCUUCGAGGUGAUUUUAGAAAACCCUAUUCAGCUUUACCGGGUUACAGUAGAGGUGGUGGAUGUCAAUGACAACAGCCCGUCCUUUCAAAAGAAAGAAAUAAACCUAAAAAUCGUUGAAAGUGUUGCGCCCGGGACUCGUUUCUCUCUAGUGAGCGCAGAUGACCCGGAUGUUGGCAUAAACGACAUUCAGAAAUAUGUGUUGAAACCUUUAGAUCACUUUAAAUUGGAAGUGCAAAACCAACCCGAUGGAGGGACGUUCAUUGAAAUUGUUUUACAAAACGCUCUGGAUCGAGAGAAGGAGGACACGCACACGCUUGUGCUGAUAGCCGCUGAUGGGGGAGAACCACGCAGAUCAGGAACAGUCAGCAUCCAUAUUACUGUGCUAGACGCUAAUGACAAUGCUCCAGUGUGCCGUCAGUCAGUAUAUAAAGCCGAGGUGAGGGAGAACUCUCCUGAAGGAACAGUGGUCACAACAGUGGAGGCAGAUGACGCAGAUAAGGGAGUUAAUGGCGAGGUGACGUUCUCCAUCCCUCAUGUCGGAAAAGAGGCGAAGCAGCUCUUCGAUGUAAAUGUCACAACAGGUGAGAUUAAGGUUUUAGGUAAGGUGGACUUUGAAAAGUCUAAAACAUAUCAGCUAAACGUUCAGGCGAGUGACCACGGGGGAUACUCAGAUACGUGUAAAGUUAUCAUUCAAGUAAUCGAUGAAAAUGACAACGCACCCACAAUACAGCUCAUGUCAUUUUCAAACUUAAUUUCAGAGGACUCUCCCUUAGGCACAACUAUAGCAGUUGUUAACGUGGAUGACGAAGACUCUGAAAGAAACGGUCUUGUCAGAUGUUCCAUUAACUCUGAUGUACCUUUUAAAAUUGAGUCCUCCCUAACGGGAUAUUACACUAUAGUGACCGACAGUACGUUAGACAGAGAAACUAACCCUGAGUAUAAUAUCACAAUGACUGUGUCUGACCAAGGUUUUCCACCUCUUUCUAGUACCAAAAAGAUGAACGUAAAAGUUUCUGAUGUGAAUGACAACCCACCUCAGUUUAGUCAAUCAGAAUAUACAAUGAGCAUACCAGAAAACAACUCACCCGGAUGUUCCGUGUUUACAGUCAGUGCUACUGAUGCAGAUUGGGGUCAAAAUGCGAGGUUGUCUUACUUUUUAGAGGAAAGAGAAAUAAAUGGGAUAAAGGUCACAAACUUAGUAACGGUGAACUCAGAUAGUGGUGUCAUACAUGCUGUCAAAUCGUUUGAUUAUGAGCAGAUAAAGUGUUUUGAGUUAAACAUAACUGCUCGGGAUGCUGGAUCCCCUCCUCUGAGCUCAGUUGCUACACUUAAAAUAGUAGUUCAGGACAAGAAUGACAAUCCACCUCAGGUUCUGUACCCAGUCCAGACUGGUGGCUCCAUGGUGGCUGAAAUGGUGCCUCGUUCAGCAGAUGUGGGCUACCUGACUCUAAGGGACGCUGUUGGCCAAGAAAACAUUUGA